ACGUUGCGUAACGCCAUCAAGCCCAAGCCGAAAAACGGCUGCUUUUCUGCCAUCGUUUGUUUCAACUUUUUUCGCUUCGUCCGUUUGUGCGAUUUUUCGUCGAUUUUAGUUUAAUUCCGCGGAUUUUUUGUGCCCGAAACCGUCGCGGAUGUGUCCGGAAGUGAAGUGGUGUUGAAUUUGGGUGAAAUUGGAAGUGUACGCGACGCGACGCGAUGGAGUGGCAAUUUGUGAUACCGCGGGUGAACACCGAGCUGCUCAACUCGGACAAAAACAACUACUGUGUGGGGCGAGUGCUCGAUUCGCGCGAGAUUCCGGACGCGCUCAAGAAUGCCCGCGGCGGGAUGAAUGAUCCGUUCGGGGUGUUUGACCACUUCGAUACGUUCUAUUCGGUGAUCGAUAAUGGGGCGCAACUGUCGGGGACCAAUUUGCUGCGGGCGUACGAUUUGCUGUACAUUGCGGUGGAUCGGCUGGGGAAGAAACUGGCCGAAGUGUUGGGGAAAUCGGAUUUGCCGAGGGAGGAGCGGCUGCCGGCUUUGAAUGCGGUGAAGAUGUUGACGUAUUUGGUUGGGGGGCUGGUGAAGGUGAUUGAUGCCCAUGUGAAUGCGGCCAAGGAGGGGACUGGGUUGAUGAAGAAGGGGGGCGCUAAGAAGAAUAAGGACAAGGACGACGAACUGGAAGCGUUGGAUUGGGAUAGCAAGCGGAACCGGUGCGUGGUGCAGUUGUACAAUUUGUUCCAGCUGCCGCUGGAGCGGUUGUGGGAUCCGCCGGUUUGCGAGGAGUCGUUUGUUGAUGUGAUUUGCGACAUCUGCUACCGGACGUUGGAGCAGUCGUACGUGAAAAACAGGGCACUGGUGGAUAGCGUGUUCCAGAUUCUGGGUACGGCGAUCAAGCGGUACAACCAUGCCCUGUCGUUCCCGGUUCGAACGAUGCAGAUUCUGGAGCGAUGUGAGGCUUCCAUAGCUCCGAUUGCAGCCGGAGUGAUGCUUCUCUACGAGGAAUUCGGAAUAGCGACCAUCUAUCCGGUGCUCAUCAAGGAACUCAUUGAACGCCUUGGGGCCGAUGCAGCGGAUGCCCAAGUCGCUCGUCACUUCAGUCAGUUCCUGCUGGAGUUGGGUACUCUGGCCCCAAAGCUGAUCAUUCCGCAUCUCUCGACGCUGAGCGAUGAGCUGCUUGGGUUGGAAGCUUACGUCGUCCGGAACUGUGUCCUGCAGAUUAUGGGUGAAGCGAUUGUAACAGAACUGACGUCGGAAGAGCUGACGGACGAGCUGAAGGAGACCCGGGAUGAGUUUCUGCAGGAUUUGUGGAAUCACAUGAUGGACGUUUCGGCUCACGUGCGGUCCAAAGUGCUGCAGAUUUGGCAUCACAUCGAGCGGAAUAAUGCGGUGCCGCUGACCUGGCGGCAUCAGGUUCUGGAGAGGGCCGUUGAGCGACUGGAGGACAAGGCGCUGCUGGUACGGAAAAAUGCCAUCGCGCUCAUCAAGGCGUUCCUAGAACAUAAUCCGUUCUCGGCUAAGCUUUCGUUAGCCGAGUUACGUACCCAGUACGAGGAAGCCGACAAGAAGCUCCAAGAGAUCCGCAACAAGAUGGUCGAGCAGGACACGGCUCUGAAGAAAACCGAAGAGGACUGGGAGGACCUGACGGUGCAAAUGUAUCCGGUGUUCUCCGAGGAACUCUCGCGGCAGAGCUCCUCGGAAGAAGCAACGCAGAUAACCGGAACCGAUGCGGAUGUUGAAUCGCUGGUCAAAGACAUUGGGUCCAUCAUCGAGGGUCAGCGGUACAAGGAGUUGCUCCAGUUGGCGUGCAAGGUGGACUACGCUAUUGGGAAUACCGAGACGCGUAAGACGUUGAACGUGGAACAGCAGAGCGUGUACUUCCUGGCCGUGUUGAAGAGCUACUUCAUCAACAACCGGCAUGGUGGAAACCUGAACGACGAGUUCCAGAAAAUUGAAAACGAGGUAAACUUCCUGAAGGAUUCCAUGCGGUUCUCGGAGAUCGUUUCCGAUGCGGUUCCGAAGCUGCAGGACAUGUUGAUGUCCAAGUCGCAGUCGGACGUGUUCGAGGCGAUUGAUUUCUUCACUUCGGCGUAUCUGUUUGGGAUCAAGGGAACCGAGUGCGGGAUGCAGCAGAUGUUGUAUCUGGUUUGGUCCUCGGAUGCGGACAAGAGGAACAGUGUGGCGUCUGCUUACAAGAGGGUUCUGCUAGAGGUGGAUCUAGAGGGGAGGGCAAAGAACGUCAAAGUGGUUCGGAAUCUGUGCCAGUUCAUGAUCAAUCUGUCGAUGGGUCACUACACGGCGAUGGAAGUGUUGGUCAAGGAGUGGGUUGAAAGUGGUGACCUGGACGCACAAAUGAUCCAAGUUAUGUUCGAAAUCUAUACGAAGAAACUUGAGAAUGUGACGGACUCGGAAUCUCGCCAGGCACUCCAACUGCUCAUCAUGGUAUCUUCCGGAAAGCCCUCUGUGGUCACCGCAAAUCAAACUCUACUGGAAACUAUCGGAUUCGAGCAGAGAGGCCGGAAAGAUCCCCGCAUCUUCACGGCAACCCUGAUGCUGUUGAUGAACUCCAUCCCCAAGCCAAAAGACGGAGUAAAGUACUACAAACGAUACGAAGCGACCUCCCCGAUCGUGGACAAAGUAAGCGACGUAUUCGUGAAACUGUUCUUCAACAGCAAAGUGUCCAACUUUGAUACCAUCGGAAAUAAAACGUUCGACUUCAUCUACAAGAUGAUCAACACUCCGGACGUGGUCAGCCAGAACAUUCUGGUGACCAUUUACGAGAAGCUGCACAAUCUCGCUUCGAAGUUUGCGGAACAGGAAGAUAGCCUGAGGCUCUCGCAGGACUCCCAAUCGCAAAUUCCUGGAGCCACUCAGGAAGAAAACGUGCGCGCAUCACAGGCCUCUCAGGGCAGUUCCCGGAAGAAUUCCAUCACCCUACCCACAUUCCUGAUCGCCCGCUUCAUUCUCAUCAUUGGCUAUGUUGCCAUGCGGCAGAUGAUCCACCUGGACAUUGACGUCUACAGCAAUCUCAAAUACCGCCAGGACCUGAAAGAGGAAAUUAAGAAUCGAAAGAAGAAAAAUGCCGCCGUUGGCAAAAGCACUCCCAAACGUAAGACCAUGAGCAUGAACGAGUCCGCUAGUAACGCUCUGAAACGUCUCUCCGGCGCCAACAGCAAGGAACAGGAACAAGCCGAGGAGGAGGAAUUGCUGAGCGGAGCCACCGCUGAAGACACCGUUGCCGAAGAGAUAACCUACAUCUGCGAAACGGAAAUGCUCUACAACAAGGAAUCCAUGCUGGCCCGAUUCAUCCCCACAAUCAUCGAAAUCUGUAAACACCCGAACCGGCAUAAAGACGACUUCCUCCAGAAAUCCAGCACCCUCACCCUGAUCCGCCUGAUGUCCGUCUCGUCCACCUUCUGCGAGAACAACAUGCCCUUCCUGAUGAACAUCCUGCAGCACACGAAAAACAAUCAGAUCAAGUGCAACAUCGUCAUAGGUCUGUCGGAUCUUACCUUCCGGUUCCCCAACGUCAUCGAACCCUGGACCAGUCACAUGUACGCUACCCUGCACGAAAAGAACGUCGAACUGCGUCUCACGGCCGUCAAGAUGCUCUCCAAUCUGAUCCUGCACGAAAUGAUCCGCGUCAAGGGUCAAAUCUCCGACCUGGCCAUGUGCAUCGUCGACCCGGUCAAGGACAUCCGCACAAUCACCGAACAGUUCUUCAAGGAAAUCGCCAACAAAUCAAACAUCCUAUACAACGUCCUGCCGGACAUCAUUUCCCGCCUGAGCGACCCAGCCCUAGAACUAGAAGAAUCCAAAUACCAAAUCAUCAUGCAGCACAUCAUCGGCCUGAUCAACAAGGACAAACAGAUCGAAUCGCUGGUGGAGAAGCUGUGCCUUCGGUUCCGGGUUACGAGCGAACAGCGCCAGUGGCGGGACAUCGCCUUCUGCCUGUCGCUGCUCUCGUACAACGAGAAAACGAUCAAGAAACUGUCGGAGAACAUCGGGUGCUUCAAGGACAAGGUGCAGUACGACGAGAUCCACGCGUCGUUCAAGACCAUCAUCAGCAAUACCAGCAAGCUGGCGAAACCGGAACUGAAGGCCGCCAUAGCAGAAUUCGAAAGCCGACUGGACGAAUGUCUCGCCAUCCGAGAGGAAGGUGCCAUCGGACUGGGAGGCGGAGACAAUGCCAGCGAAGAAUCGGGAUCACCCAAGGCUACCCAGGCUAUGGUGGCCGGUAGCAGCCGGGGAGGAAACCGGGGCAAAGCCGGCAGCAGUAAGACCGUUCCUAAAUCGGCCGCCAAGGGCAAAGCGCCAGCCGGUGGCAGGGGUCGCCGGGGUGGCCGCCAGAAGCCGUCCUCUUCGGAGAGCGACUCGGACAGCGAGGAGGAGAACAUGCCACCGGCGGCCAGUGCACGGGCAGCGGCCCGAGCCCGGCAGAACAAACACAAGAAGAUCACGAAGGUUAUCGAGAGCGAAAGUUCAGACACCGAGUCCACCAUGCCUAGACGUAAAACAAAACGCAUUCAAGCGCUCAAUUAGGAGAGCACAAAUGACCAUUUCCGUGUGCACACGUCCACCAAUCGCCCACCACACAAGUCCCAUUGCUUUCCUCAUUUGCUGUAGCUACUAUUACUGAGCACCCUUCUUCUGAAUGAUGAUGGCACAUUUUAUGUUUAUUCGUUAGUUUUGUCGAUUUUUAGUUUAGUUUUUAGUUGUACUGCCAUUAGUUUCUAGACUUCGGUAGAUACCUAUAUAGGUUAAAGCUUAUCGAUGCAAUAAUGUGCUGCAAAGUUUUAUCCACCCUCGAAUAAAACCGUACAAAAAGAUCGCCCUAACAUAAAUUUAUACUUUUAGACGAUGACGAGGAAGAGGUCGCAC